UAUGGUARACGCGCCGAUACGUGUCUGGCGCGCUGACGUCAUUUCCGUAGAGUGCAACGUGCAUGUUUGACAACAAGCUCUACCUGGAUUUCUGGAAGAUCUUUUGCCCCUAAAAUCGUCCAACRAUGACUAAAUUACAAUAUCUGAAUGUGUAUCUAACUGAGCGUCUCAUGCAAGCUGCUGGGGAAAUACUAAGAGUUGUCGCAGACACAAUCUCCGAGUACCAGGAAGAAAUAGCCCGGACAAAGAGAGAGAACAAAUACCUGAAACGACAACUGAACACACCAGUUCUAUCGCUGGCCCCUCAGCCCAUACUGUCUUGUGUCUCAGAGCAGCAAAGUCCACCUGAGCAGCAGUACUGUGAGCAGGAGUCGUGCCCCAGUAUUGGCCAGGAGGACCUUGAGACCACACAGAUUAAAGAGGAACUCGGGACCAGUCAAGAGGAAGAGCAGCUUCAAGUACCGGAGUCUGAUACCAAAGAAGACUSCAUAUCUACUCUUCCCUGUGUGAAAAAUGAUGAGGACCGACCUCAGCCUUCACAUCUCUCCAGAACCAAAACUGUGGAGAACAGUGUGAGGGAGUCUCUACUGACCAACACAACUGGACAGAUCAAAACAGAACCUGAUGGCUAUGGAGUAUUACUAUCAGAACCAACCAGUGACUCCCCUCAGUCUCAGCCCGUCUCUGAAGUAAGUCCAGACUCUUCUAGAACACAAAGUCAGAACACUGAGAACACGGAAAGUGUUCCUAUUGUUCUGAGAGAUCUAGAAAGGAGACCAGAGGAGGAUACACAGACACACUCAUGUACUCAGUGUGGAGCCGUGUUCUGUGAGCUAUCCCAACUGGAGGCACACAUGCCAUCCCACACAGUACCAGACAGUGGUGACACUAGUCACAGGCAAAUCAUGUGCACAGUCUGUUGGAAGUCAUUCACCUCUACCAGUUACCUCAAGGUCCACCAGCGUUCUCACACUAAGGAAAAGCCCUUUCACUGUGGUGUGUGUGGCAAGAGCUUCAGCUACUCAGGGAAGUUCAGGGAACACCAGCGGAUUCACACAGGAGAGAGACCUUACCGCUGCCACGUGUGUGGUAAAYGCUUCAACCAGUCAGCCCACCUGAAGGCCCACCUGAGGGUACACACGGGGGAGAAACCCUACUCCUGUCCUGUCUGUGGGAAAGGAUUCAGUCAGUCUGGACAGAUCAAGGGACACCUCAGAACUCACAUCCAAGGGAGGUAGAAUAAUGAUAACUUGGAGUGGAAAGAGUCCAUGAGUGGAUAAACAGUAACCUCGCAAGCCGCCUKAUCUCACAAGCUUACAUGAAUGGUUCGCUACCACAGAAUCAGUCUGGUAAUUACGAGGCUAGAUAGACAGAGCCUUCUGUUCUCAAAGUGCCCAGCAUUUGGGAAGAGAAAGAGAUAAAGACAUUUUUAUUUUCAGUGCUACAAAUUUCACAUUUAAUUGUAAGACUAGAGGAUUAUAGAAUGUGUGAUGUGUUUCAGACCCAUAACUAAGGCACCGUAUAUCUGAAUUUAUUUAAGAGAGCUGCUUUAUAACAUGCUAUGAAAAGACUGGGCUCAUCCCCUGUAUUGCUAGGUGACACUAUGUUAAAGAGAAAUAUAAUGUUAAUUUUGGUGUUAUCUCCCUUGAUUUCCUCUUGAUGAUUCCAGUUGGAGCUGAUUGGUCUUCUUGCAAAUAAACUAACUCAGUCAUAUUGAUUAAA